AUGCACAGUAUGAGCAGGUGGAUGGCGCUAUUCGGGCUAGUGUGGUUGCUGCGAGUUCGUGGAUCACUCUGUGGGUGUACUGCUUGCAAAAGAGCAAGACUGGAUACUGACGCAAGAUGUAGGACAUCGAGUGUACAAUAUCCAAGUGAACAGGUACCUGGGAUUGAGCAAACAUCGUUGGACGAACGAGCGCCGUUUGAUGUUAUCGCUCUGCAACAAUAUACCCGUGAUGUCACCGUUCAAACAGAUUUCGAUGAUGAAAUUGAAGACUUGGAAAAAAUCGAUAUUAAAAUUAACGAAGAGGCAAACGUUACUAACUACGAAAGCGUUUGUGAACAGUCUACUAGUCCGGAAAACGGGCAAAAGAUCACAGGAAGCUAUCAGUACUUAAUGCAUCACAGUACGUCAAAUCCGGAUGAUGUAUGGGAAACAACGGAUGUGACGUUAGAGAGGGGGGCAAGUGGUCUAGGGUUGAGCAUCGCCGGCAGCGAAAGUGGAGGUGACAUCAGCAUAACUAGAAUUGCACCCAACGGCGCUGCCAAGGCAGACGGCCGGCUUCAGACAGGCGACAUUCUACUACAGGUCAAUGACAUUUCUGUGGAAGGUGCACCGCAUUCAGUAGCAGUAGACGCAUUACAAAAAGCUGGAAAUGUCGUCAGAUUAAGAGUUCGAAGAGCAAGAAGACCGAUGGUUGUGACACUCUGCCGGGGUGCUCGGGGUCUCGGUUUAGGUAUAGCUGGAGGGGCUGACGACGCAGGGGGCGAGGGAAUUUUUAUAUCACACAUAGCUGUGGGCGGCGCCGCUCACCAUGACGGCAGACUGAAAUUAGGCGAUAAAAUAUUAGCUGUAAGAGAUGAACAUGGCAUGGAAACAUCCCUUAUAGGAGUAACCCACGCGUGUGCUGUCUCAGCCUUACGUAGUACAGGAGACCAUGUCACCUUGGUAGUGUUACCAGCUGCAGGAUCUAUUCCACCAGUCGCCAGAACUGCUCCUCUUUAUUCCACGAAAACACAAGCAACAUCCUGUUCAACACUUCAUAAUUUCUCUGAAGAGGAACUUAAUAAAAUACCACGAUGUGUACGUAUGGUUCGCUUAGUGCGUACUGGUUCAAGACUAGGAAUGGAUAUAGUUGGCGGUUUGGGCGGAGAAGUAGAUGGAAACUGCGUUGAAGAUGACACUUGUGGCGUAUUUGUAUCUGGUGUGUCAACAGAAGGAGCAGCUUACGGAUUAUUGCACAGAGGUGAUAGAAUACUCAGUGUUAAUGGCCGUGAUCUGACUCGAGCUACUCACGAACAAGCAGCGGCAGCAUUAAAGCAGUAUUCGGGGAGCGCCGUUACUAUCGCAGCUCAAUAUCAGCCGGACCAAUACGAGAGGCUGCGGGCACGCAUACGAGCAAUUAACGCCACGGUUAUGUCGCCACAUUCCUACACACGCACUCAUAUACCUGUGAGGCCCGAUGUCCAUGCUACUUACCCAAGGUAG